CCUGCAAGGGUAAUAAUUUUCGAGUGUCCACGGCUAAAUAUCAACGGAGUCUCUCGCGAUGUCUCGCAGACCUUUCGCGAAGGGCGUGGAAUUCAAGGAGAAGCCGAAACCCUGCUUCACCUCCAAGCUGGUGUCGUCGAUGCCCGCGCGCGCCUACAGCAUGUCGCUCGCCCUGCGCAACGUCUUUGCUGCCGACGACGACUACGCCGAGCUUGCUGCCCCGCGCGACUGCAUCACGAAGGAGGCGUCGGUCAGCCUCUCGAGGUCCGACUACGCCAAGCUCAAGAACGCGUACGGCCAACGUUUGCCCGAGCCGCGCCUGAACGAGCUCCCGGGCGUACCGGACGGCGACCAAGUACUCGCGUAUCAUCGCGAGGAUUUGAAGAAGCCCAUCUCGAACGCAUCGGUGAACACGUUCGUGAAUCUGUUCCAAAGCGCCUACGCGCCGGGGAUAACGCCGCAUGUGCUGAGCCACCUUUACACGCUCGCGCAGGUGGCUUUCGAGAUGACUAAAGCAGAUCCCGGUGACCGAGCUAAGCGGGAUAUUUUUACGUCACUGGAAACGGGCAUUCCGUUGACGAAAGAACAGCUGGCCAAGCUCGUGCACGUGGGAGUAUUUGGCUUUGCGGAAGAUCACGCGCUGCCUGUGCGGCACCAGAACGAUCCAGACUUCCUCGCUGGAUUGCCGUAUCCUCGUCGAUUAACUCCCAGCGAAAUCGACCAUUUGCGCUCGAUGUGCAAAAACAUCAGCACGCGCGCCGAACUCAUGGCGCUGGUCACCCACCCGAAGCACUACGGGAUGCUCGAGGAGCGCGACAAGGCAACGACGAUGCUGCGCUUCGCCAUUCUGGCUUAUAAGAAAAACUGGAGGCGCCCCGACUCUGCACCGGGGCCGGCGUGCAUCUACAGAGGCCGCGGCGCCGGCGAUAACAGAAAUGAACGCGGCCAGUUCGCCGAACGGAUUCAGCACGUGAUGUUGGUGGCACCUGGCGAGACAGCCAAGAACCGUGGCGUAAAGACGGUCGGCAGGAUCACGGGCGAGGAAGAUCUAGUGCUAGCGAGAAACAUGAGCGAUGUCGAUGACAACGACGUGUUUGAGCCUAAGAGGGUGAAGAGACUCAAGAGAGAGAGUGGUUCCAACAACAAGGCCCCGUCGUCAGCACGCACGCAACGUGGGGCCAUCGGAGCUGCUGCUUCUACGUAA